AAACAAUAUAAUUUUUCAGAUAAAGGGUUCAUUUACUUCUAAAAAUGGGCAACAUAAAGUUAAUCCAUAUAGUAGAGGAUCAAUAUGUGGAAACUGCUUGGCUGUAUUAUGCACUUCAGGUCCUCCAAGUCUGAUAGACAGAAGAGGCAUCAUAACAGAAGAAACGGUUCUUCCUACCGACAACCAUUGGAAAAUAUAUUCCUCCCAGUCCAGAGUCUACGGGCAGAGGGAGAACGGUCCGACUUCCGGCGCCGCCGUCGACCCGGACCCACCCGCCUCCGUCUUUCCUCCGGUGCGAAACGGCAGCGGUCCGCCGGCGGGCGAAGACCGCGGGACGACGGAAGGAUACUACCGGAUCUCCGACGCCCACGGAAAGAAAAAAGCUGAGCCCCGUCCCGGACGCCGCGGAGAAGAAACCGGAAACGCCGUCGUCCCCCCUUCCGGCGGCCUCCGUCCCCCCGCCGCCGCCGCCGACAGAUCGGAAUCGGAAGACGGAGGGAGUCAACUGUCGCUGUUGAGGCAGAGCACCGUCUGAAGAUCCCCGGCGGGCAGAAAGAAGAAGCGUUCUCCUCUUCGCUCGUCUUUCCGUUCUUUUGUAUCAUAUUCGGAUAGAUUCCGGCUCCGACCGAGUAAAUACACGCAGUUUUAUCCUCCUCGCUCCGUCCUCUCCUUCCCCACCCUCGAACUGCCGGCCCGCUCCCUCCUCUCCCCGGGUCGAGCUCCCCUCCGGCGUCGCGGCAACCUUUCUUUUCCUCCUUCCUGACCUCCCGACGAAAACGGGACCGAAGACCUCCUUUCCCGGCAACGCGAAAAAGUACGAGGUGGACCCGCCCCGGGUAGGGGUGGGAAGCUCGCCCGAGAGCUCUCCGCGGCCAAGAACGGUUAAAGGUGGAAUUUCGCCGCGUCCUUUCGUCCGUUACGGAAGGCCGAAACGGACGUUUGUUCCCCCGCAUUCUCGCUUCCGGUAGAGGACCUCCUCCGGAAUUUCCGCCGGGCGUUCUUCCUCCUUCGCGCCGAGUGUCGACGCGGGUGCUCCGUCUGCCGCCGGAACCGGUUCCGGCAAACGGGUCGUUGCUAGGCGACCGCCCGCCGGGAGGAAAUGGUUGGCUUUCCCGACGCGCGGCGCCGGGGGAUUCGACCGAUCUGCGGAAGGUGUCGGGGAUUUUCCGGUUCCGGACGCGGGAAAGGCCCGGAGCGCCCGGAAGGAGGAGGAGGAGGAGGAUCGCGGAUGGCGGUGGCGGCCGCCAUAAAAACCGGAUCCGGCGGAGGAGGCAUCGGUAGAUCACGGGCCGGACUCUCGUCGAACGGGAUGGCGCCGCGGGUGUGGGUUCUGCUGCUGUCCCUGGCGGCCUGGGCGGCGGAUCCGCCUCCCUCGGGAUUCGGACGCCCCGUUCGCCUGCCUUCCGGACGCCGGACGCACUUCCAGACGACCGGGCACCGCGGCCCCGGCAGCUACCGCUACGGAUACGACACGGGCACCGGAGGGCCCGCCCAGCUGUUCCACCAGGAGGAGAGGACCUCGCGGGGGGAGGUGCGGGGCAGCUACGGAUACCUGGACCGACCCGGCCUGUUUCGGGUGGUGCGCUACUCGGCCGACGGCCGCGGAUUCCGAGUGCUGUCCGGGCCCUACCUGCUGACGGCCGAGAUACCGGAGGAGAACCCCUAUCCUCCCUUCGUGGGUCCGCUGCCACCUUUCCUCCGUCGGACCGUCGGCUCCCGGGACUAGAGUCUUUCGUCGAAGAAGAGGCGCUGCCGCUAUUUAAUAAAUGACUUUAUCCUCCUUUUUCCCGCCCCGAAUGCCUCUACUUCUUCCGGCGCCGCGCUCGGGCGGCCGCGACCCAUUUUUCGCGCGGCCGGGUAAAUCUCGGCCGACGGACGCGCGACGCGAAUGGAGUUUGCCUUGGACGCCUUCCACCGGCCGGGAAUCCCCGCGCGCCGAUAAGUAACGGUCUUCC